AUGUCCGUUGACAAACGUACUUUGAUCGCAGUUAUAGGAGACGAAGAUACAGCAACUGGCUUGCUGCUAGCUGGGAUUGGACAAAUCACUCCAGAGACGCAGGAGAAGAACUUUUUUGUUUAUGAAGAGAACAAGACCACCAAAGAAGAUGUCUUGGAGAAGUUCCAAUUCUUCACCCAAGAAAGAGAUGAUAUUGCUAUUUUAUUAAUUAAUCAAUACGUGGCAGAAAAGAUUAGGGCAGACAUUGAUUCGUAUUCAAAUGCUUUUCCAGCAAUAUUGGAAAUCCCAUCAAAGGACCACCCAUAUGAUCCAGAGAAGGACUCAGUCUUGAAGAGAGUCAGAAGGUUAUUUGGUGAGUGA